AUGGGUCCAACAGGAGAAGAUCCGAGAAUCUCAGUACUGAGUCGACUAGCCGAGUCGGUGAAGACGAUUUCCGAGUUGCCCGAGUGCCGGAACGCGUUCAGGAAGUUAUACGGAAACUUCGUACGAAGAGUCAAGCUUUUGAGUCCUCUGUUUGAGGAGUUGAGGGACAGUGAUAAAGCGCUUGGUGUAGACGAGGUUGUAGCUUUAGAAUCGCUGGGAGAGGCUUUGAAUUCGGCUAAGGAGCUUAUCAAGUCGGUCAACCAAGGGAGCAAGCUUUAUCAGGCUUUGCAAAGGGACAAGAUUAUUGAUAAGUUUCACCAAAUGACGGUAAAAAUUGAAGCAGCAUUGAGUAAAAUUCCUUAUGAUAAAUUUGAUAUGUCAGAGGAGGUUUGUGAACAGAUUGAACUAGUGCAUGCUCAAUUUAAAAGAGCAAAAGAAAGAAAAGACACCCUGGACUCACAACUAGAGAUGGACUUAUCCAUAGCGGUGGGAGACAAUGAGCCUGACCCUGUAAUAAUAAAAAGACUUUCAGAAAUGCUGCACCUCAGAACCAUCAACGAUCUAAAGAAAGAGUCACUUGCUUUCCAUGAAUUGGUUAUCGCAAGUGACGGAGCUGUAGGGGACCACUUUGAAAAGAUGCAAGCUCUGCUUAAGAAGCUAAAGGACUUAGUGCUGACAGAAAACCCAGAAGUUGACAACUCUGAACGUGACAAGAGUAUGAUCAAGCACAGAUCUCCUGUUAUCCCAGAUGAUUUCCGAUGCCCAAUAUCACUAGAACUGAUGAAAGAUCCUGUGAUUGUCUCUACUGGCCAGACGUACGAAAGAUCCUGUAUUCAGAAAUGGUUGGAUGCGGGACACAAAACCUGUCCCAAAACACAGCAGACAUUGUUGCACACAGCCAUAACACCUAACUACGUUUUGAAGAGUCUAAUUGCUUUGUGGUGUGAGAGCAAUGGCGUUGAGCUGCCCAAAAAGCAAGGGAAUGGUAAAAACAAAAAAGCAGGAUGCAGUGUUUCAGACUGUGAUCGUGCUUCUAUUGCUUCCUUGUUAGAAAAACUAGCAAAAGGGAAUUCAGAAGAACAAAGAGCAGCUGCUGGUGAGCUCCGCUUGCUGGCAAAGAGGAAUGCAGAUAAUAGAGUGUGUAUUGCUGAGGCAGGGGCCAUUCCACUCCUUGUUGAGCUUUUAUCCUCCUCGGAUCCUCGGACACAAGAGCAUGCUGUUACAGCACUUCUCAACCUUUCAAUAAAUGAGAGUAACAAGGGAGCAAUUGUAAAUGCAGGAGCGAUACCUGAUAUAGUAGAUGUUCUGAAAAAUGGCAGCAUGGAGGCUAGAGAAAAUGCAGCUGCAACCCUUUUCAGUUUGUCUGUUGUAGAUGAAAACAAGGUGGCAAUUGGAGCUGCUGGGGCUAUCCCAUCCCUUAUAAAACUGCUUUGUGAGGGGACUCCAAGAGGAAAAAAGGAUGCUGCUACAGCUAUUUUUAAUCUCUCAAUCUAUCAGGGAAACAAGGCCAGAGCUAUAAGGGCGGGUAUUGUGGCCCCGUUAAUGAGAUUGCUGAAGGAUGCAGGAAGUGGGAUGGUGGAUGAAGCGCUAGCAAUCCUGGCAAUUCUGGCUAGCCAUCAAGAAGGGAAGAUGGCAAUUGCUCAGGCUGAGCCAAUCUCUGUUUUGGUGGAAGUUAUAAGAACUGGUUUCCCACGCAACCGGGAGAAUGCUGCUGCUGUAUUAUGGUCAUUAUGCACAGGUGAUAUACAGCAGUUGAAACUAGCAAGGGAACUUGGUGCAGAAGAGGCCUUGAAGGAACUGUCAGAAAAUGGCACUGACAGGGCCAAGAGAAAAGCUGGAAACGUUUUAGAGCAACUUCAACGAGUUGAAGAUUCUAUUGAGCUUUAA